AUGCAGCAACAAUUACACCAACAAAAACACCAACCGCAGCAGCUGCUGUUGCAGCAACACCUAUCGCACCAGCUGCUGUUGCAGCUGCUACAACGACAGCAGCAGCAGCACCACCACCACCACCACCACCUAUCGCACCAGCUGCUGUUGCAGCUGCUGUCGCUGCUGCUGCUAAACUCGCCGUUGUUUCCUCCCCUGCAACUCACAAACAAAGACUACUACUUAUCAAACAACCCCAAUAUCUUUAUCCCGACUUUACCGGAUAAACCAACAACUUCAACAAGCUCGCUUUCAGCCUAUAUCAUACCCUCAGAACGCAACCUAUUCGUACAAGGAUUUGACCAACAGGAGUAUGCUUCAAGACCUCCAACUAUUCUACGUGGCUCCUUGCUUAUAAGAGUGUUUAAACCAACAAAAAUUAAACUCAUAUCUCUAUCGUUUAAAGGUAUACAAAGAACAGAUUGGCCAGAAGGAAUACCUCCAAAGAAGAGUUCCUACUCUGAGAUUAAUGAUACAAUUACUCAUACAUGGCCAUUUUUCCAAGCUUCUUCCGCAAGCAAUGGCGGCGGCGGCGGCUGCAGCGGCGCAAUGCCCAACAAUGGUGCUGAUUGUUAUAUAGAAAGAACAAGCGCUUACCAUGACUCUACCCCCUUAAGAUCAAACUCACCAGUACCUUCAAUAAAACGCAAAUCAACACAAUCCUCAUCAGCAUCAGCAUCCUCUUCAAUAGCAGCAGCAGCAACAACAACAACAACAACAACAACUCAUCAUCAUCACCAUCAUCACGCUAUUAGCAACUGCGCCGAGCCACUGGGGAACUUCUUUACCAGAAACUUAUCGCCCAGUUUUAUGAAAAGAUCAAAAUCACCUUCAAUUGGACAGCCAGAUUCAUCAAAUGACUUAUCUUCCAUCAUAUCGCCCUCUUCAAACGAUCCUCAAUCAAAUAUGCAUUUUGCUCCAGGAGACUAUUUAUACAAUUUUGAACACUCGUUACCACCAUCGAUACCAGAAUCAUGCAACGUUACUUUUGGAUCGACAAGCUACCACUUGGAAGUAACAAUUCAGAGACCGGGAACUUUUAAAUCAAAUUUAUCGGGGAAAGUGCCAAUCAAUAUAGUUCGUAUCCCUUCGGAAUCAAAUUUAGAAGAAAACGAAUCCAUAGUGAUAACAAGAGAUUGGGAGGACCAGAUCCGCUACGACAUCGUAAUUGGAGCCAAAUCAAUCGUUCUCAACUCGUACCUUCCAUUAGCUUUCAGAUUUGUACCAUUAUGGGGUAAAGUAGCAUUGCAUAGAAUCAGAAUCUAUCUCACUGAAAAUUUGGAAUAUUACUGUAAUAAUAAAAAAGUCCAUCGAACAGAACCCCAGAAAAAAUAUUUGUUAUUAGAACACAAGGCAAGAAAAGGUCGUUCGUUGCUACAGGAUAACCCUCAAGACGAGUCAAUUGAAGGUUUAGAUCAAUAUGACGAUGACAUAUUGCCAAAGGAAUUGGAAUUUCAAUUGUAUGUUCCAAAGGAUGUUACUGGUAAAGGUGUUAGUCAAAUUCAUCCAGAUACUUCAUAUGAAAACAUUCAAGCUCAUCAUUGGAUCAAGAUUUGCUUAAGAAUUAGCAAAAAUGAUCCUGAAUGUGAAAAUCUGGGUAAUCCAACAAAAAGAAAGCAUUAUGAAAUAUCAAUUGAUUCUCCUUUACGUAUCUUAUCUCCACUUGCUGCACAUGGAAAUACAUUAUUACCGGCAUACGAUGAUUUGAUACAACAAGCCCCACACCAUUCCUCAGUUCCACCACUAUCACCUGGUGUGAUUCCAAUUGAACAUAGCAGCAACAGCAACAGCAUCAACAAUAACAAUAACAACAACAACAACAACAACAACACAUUUUCCUCCUCCUCCACCUCAUCAUCAUCGUCUGCCGCUAUGAGAGCAAGAUUUGGUAAUGUCACCAGGUCCAGUUCUUCCAGUUUGAGUAAUGCCAAUGUUGUGUCUUUUGAAACUAAUAAUUCUUCUCCGUCUCAGUCAAUUGAGUUUCAUCACGUUAAAGCAAGUGAUAAUUUGGGAGAUAAUAUCAUGAGAGAUGCAGAUAUGCAUUUAGAGGCAAAUCUAUAUAAACCUGAAAACGAUGAUAUUAUAACUGCAAUUAACUCGCCACAAGCUAUACCGCAUUCGGAUACGUUUACGUCGCCUCUAUUAUCACCUAUUCAAAGACCGAUUCAUUUGAUAAGAAAACCUUCAACUGCACCACCACCUUUUGUUGAAGGUGAUAAACAAUCAACAAUGUCAUUGCAUCCACCGGCAUAUCAAGAAAGGGACGAAGGAUCACUAAGCUUGAGUCCUUUAAGAAUCGACGAGGGUACUGCUGUUGCUGAAUCAUCAUUUGCUAACCCUCUAAUAACAGAUGAUGAUAACAGUUACGAUAAUAACAACAAUAACAACAAUAAGAGCAGCAACAGCAAUAUCUCAAGUUCUGGUGUGCAUCCUUUGGAUAUAGCUACUCCUGUCCGGGAUUUGUUGAUUCUGCAAUUGAACGGUUCACGGAGUAAUCAUAAUAGUAAUCAAUCACAAUUAGCACUGCUGUUGCUGCAAAAAGCCGAAGCACUUAUAUCUCCUAGGAGAGUUGAUUCUCAAGAUAUUGUUUCGCCCAAUGUGGUCAUUCCUAAAAUUGCAAUACAUCAUGAACAUGCAGAAUUGACAAAAAAGGAAGAUCCAAAAGCCAUUUCAUCAAUUGAAGAAGGGAGAAAAGAAGAAGAGGCGGCAACGGCAACGGCAACGGCGGCCUCGGCUGUAGUGGAAGAAGAGGAUAUUGCCGAUGACCCAAUCUCACCCAUCUCACCUUCACUACAACCAAGAAGUCCAAAACGAAGAUGGAGCCGAGAGCGUGAUAGCUUUGAUAGGGAAGUAAGAAGUUUGAAUGAACUAUCUCCAUCUCCUAUUCGAAAAACAGUACUUUCCGAUAACAAUGCAGCAAACAAAACAGCAGCAGCAGGUCGUGGAGUUUAUUCUCGAUCUUCUUCUUUCUCGUCAAUAAGCUCGGAUCAUAUUCCUAUUGACCAAACUAUGCCCUUACUCAAUAUGUCUUCAAGCUCAAUUGCUACUCAUCGACAACAACAACAACAACAACAGCAACAGCAACAACAGCACUUCAACCCACAACCAUCAUCCUACAAUUCGGAAAGAAAUCAGUCGGUUUCAUCAUCCAUCUAUGAUUUGGCGUAUAGAAGGCCGAGUGAAAUAGGGAUAAAACCAGCUGGUGUAAGUAGCAAUUGUGGAUUAAAUAAUUUAGAAACUAUUGAAGAUUUCUACCAAUUCAAAAAUAGUUUACGUAAUUUGAGAAAUCCCAGGAUUAAGAAACAUUAUCAGGAUAACAACAAUGCAACUAGAUUAGAUUCUGAAGAAGAAGUAGAAGAAGACGAGGAAGCUGCUGCUGCUGCCACUUCUGCUGCCGCUGCUGCUGCUGCUGUUGCAAAGGAAGAAGAAACGAAGAAAGAAGAGUAUUUACAAUUGAAAUCAAGACAGAAAAGUUUUGGCUUAAUCAAUGAUUUCUUUACUGAGGAAUUUGAAGAACUGAAUGAAGAAGGCUCCAGCUUGAGUUCUGAAGAAGUGCACCAAAAUCAGCAAACAGGAGUAAACGGACGAUACAUGGCUAAGAAUGUAUUGAAUAGAGCUGAUACGCUCGACGAUGAAGGUAAAAAAAGGAGCUUGAGUGCUACUAGAAUGGAAGAGAUUCCUGGAUUCAAAUUAGGAUAUGUUAUAGAUAAGUCAAUCGCUUGA